AUGCAGAGUAUGUGGUCCCGUACCGCUCCGUCGCAGUCAACCUGCCGCUGCGUCUCGUGUUUGAGUACGGUCGCCAAUGGCGUCACUUCACGAUCAGCCACGGCUGCCAGCAAAAAGAAAUUGCGGAUAGGGAACUCUGUUACUGCACUGUAUACAAGUAUCUUCGCGGCUGCCGCCCUCGCUGACGCGAAGGCCAAGACUAAGCGCCGACAUGACUUGGAAGAGAAGAUUGCGGCUGUCAAGGCUGAGGUCAACGAGCUAGUGGAUGAAGAACAACGGAUCCUCGAGUCUCUACAGUCACGGAGGAAACACCGAGGGAUUAACCGAUUGCUACAAGAGCGAGCAUUCGGCACCGUUACGAACCCCUCCCGAAUCCGCCAACGAAGCACACUAAGCCAGCCAACAAGGUCCUUUCAUACUCAGCGCAGGCUUUUCAAUUCCCAACAUGCGCAAAUGAGCGAGACUUUGCCGAUAGAGGAGGAUUCCACGCAUCUUGACCUCCAGGAAGCGGAAGCUAGCGAACUGCGUGCGGCUAUGAACGAAGCACUACCAGACUGGGUCGUUGGAGAUACUGCUCGUAUCAAAGCUAUUCAGAAGCUCGCAUUGAAAAAAUUCGCCAUCCGGAUUCUCCUACGACCGGCAAUUGCACACAACUAUUCCGGCGUUCCGAUGAACUACGGUGCGGAUUUCGACGUUCCUCAGAUCGACGUCAAGAAUUUGCUGCAAGAAUUGAACACCGUCCGGCGCCAGAUGAACACACUCUUGCAUAAGCAAAAUGUGAAUCUCCGUGAUGUUAUCGAUGAUUUCGAUGUGAUGCGCUCUGAAGAGGCGCGGGAAGAAGACCGAAGACUUGAUGACGAACUCCGCGAAAACAUUCAGUCAUUCAUGAGCCAGCAGAUGUCUCUACAAGAACUCCUUUUGCGAAUCUCCAGCAAUUUAAUCAAGUCAGCGGACCCGGACCGCACUACGGCAUUCAGGGAAAUGCUUAUGGCUUUCACCCAAACGCGUCAAAACGACUUGAACGACCUGCUUCUGCAGUCAUUAUUGCCGAAUCGAUUUUACUUGAGCACUUCCCUCAUCGUCACAAUUGUUUCAUUCUUCCGCAAGUCCAAAAAUCUCAAGGACUUUGAUCUGUUCCUUCAGAUGCUGAGUGGUGAAGGCUAUACAGUAAACCUUGGAGCCAUUGGCCUUUUCCGGCGCCGAAAAAUUAAUGGGUUGAACAUGGUCAUUCCGCCUCUGUAUGGCAGUAGCACUGUCAUAUAUACCGAGCUUAUUUCAGCUGCCUUGCGGUUCAAUCAGCCGGACCGAGCCGAUGCUUGGCUCCAGGCAGCACGGAAAAGUGGGUUUUUCGACAAUUUUAACACCCUUUUCACCUACCUUCGGUUUUACAGCAUUCGCCAGGACUGGGAGAAGGGAAUGAAUGCGUUGAAGAGAGCCGUGACGUAUCUCGUGUCGUCCACAGAUCUUCCACCAAAACUUGUCGAGCGUUUAAUUCUAUACAUGGUUCAUCUUUGUGACUCAUGUUGCCAGAAAGAGGUUUCAGAAAGUUUGAUCUCAGCUGCUGUGCAUAGUGGUUUCAGUCCGGACAUCCCAUCCCAACAGAAUGACAUUGCACCCAUCGUGGACCCAGAGGGUAAGCGAUGGAAAAGGGCCGCCGAAACAACACCAACGGGGAACUUGUCUCGUCCUCUGUGGCAGAAAUGCUAUGACUUUGCCAAUGUGUUUGGCCAGCACUUAAGCAGUCUGGAGGUGCCUGAAGAUCAAUCAAUUUCGCAGCGGUUUACUCGCCUCGCUGCUCUUCAUGCGAACGAUGCUAUGUCUACAACACUGCCACAUAAUCGUGAACGCACAAAUUUCUCAAAAGCAGUCUCAGAACCUGCAGGUGCCACCUCCAGCACUGCGCCGACCCAGAACACUCAAAGCGAAGAUAUUGCGGCCUUGAAGGACGAAGUCUCACAACUUCGCCAGCUUGUCUUUGAACUUCGCAAGCAUCACAUUGAGGCCUCGUUCAAGGAGGACAUCCAUCACGACCUCGAGUAUGAAGAUGCCCUGUCACAACCAUCCGAACCCACACCACCUUCCUACAACUCCGCCUCUCAACCUCAAGAUUCUCCCAUGAGUGUCGAAUUCGAACGGAUACCCAGCCCGAUCAGCUGCGAUGCGUCCGACAACUCACCUUCCAAUUUUGCUUUCCGCCCUGCACAAGCCAUGAUGGCUCCUGUACAAGUUCAGGACCAUUCGGCUGGCGCGUCCGAAAACCAAGUCCAACAAGCCCCUGGAGGUCAGACGAAGAAAUCGAAUCGGCCUCGAAGAAAGGUGAAGAAAGAUGGCCCCAUGCCUUCUCAGUGCGCUGCCGGCCAUGCAUGA